CUCUCUCUCUCUCUCUCUCUAUAUAUAUAUAUAUAUAUAUCUCUCUCUCUCUCUCUCUCUCCAUCUCCCGCAAAACUUACUCUCUCUAGCUAAUUCCUGUCAAUGGCUGCUUGUGAAAUUGGAGCUUCUAGGAUGGCCAUAUGCGGAUCCGACCCACUUUCUCGGAUUCCAAGCUAUGCAAAAUUCUGUCGAUCCACUUUCUCUGAUUGGUCGUUAAUGAAGGAAUUUCUCAAUGAGGAAGAAGAGGAUGAUCUCUGGGAGAAGAUGCAGGAGGAAGCAAGGUCAGAUGUGGAACGAGAGCCGAUUCUAUCUUCCUAUUACCAUGCUUCGAUUCUGUCUCACCAAUCGCUUGGAAACGCGUUGGCCUAUCAUCUCUCCCUCAAAUUGAGCAGUUCCAUUCUUCCCAGCGGAACCCUAGUAGAUCUCAUCGUUUCCGUCCUCGAUGAAAACGAAGAAAUCGUUGAAGCUGUAAAGUAUGAUCUGAGAGCAGUGAAAAAGCGUGACCCAGCUUGCAUAAGCUAUGUCCAUUGCUUUCUAAACUUCAAAGGCUUUCUGGCAAUCCAAGCUCACAGAAUAGCUCACCAAUUGUGGUCUGAGGGAAGAAACGUGUUAUCCCUUCUGAUUCAAAACAGAGUUUCUGGGAUAUUCGCUGUGGAUAUCCAUCCAGGGGCAAAAAUUGGAAGAGGAAUAUUACUGGAUCACGCAACAGGAUUGGUGGUGGGAGAAACUGCAGUGAUAGGGAACAAUGUGUCAAUUCUGCAUAAUGUGACAUUGGGAGGAACUGGGAAAGCUUCAGGAGAUAGACAUCCCAAGAUUGGUGAUGGAGUGCUUAUAGGUGCAGGAACUAGCAUUCUGGGGAAUAUAAAGAUUGGCGAUGGAGCUAAGAUUGGUGCUGGUUCUGUGGUUCUCAAAGAUGUACCUUCAAUGACUACUGCAGUUGGAAACCCAGCAAGACUGAUAGGAGGGAAGGCUAAUCCUGUAAGACUGGACAAGAUUCCUAGUUUCACCAUGGAUCAUAUUUCACAUAUUUAUGAGUGGUCUGACUAUGUUAUUUAAUUAGAUGCGAUUACUCAAUCAUAUGGCAUGCAGAUGGAGAGUUCUUGUUUUUGUGUAUUAGAUGGCGUUGUGGGAAAUUGCUUGUUUGAUAUAUGUAAGUGAGAAUCAUCGUUCUCCUGUAUUAGCAAACUGAGUGGCCUGGGGAGGUUGGUGCUGGAAACAAAAGCAGAGCAUAAUGUUACUGUUUUUAUGUUUGAUGAGGUAGAAUCACCUUUGUUAGGCAACUAGAUCUAAGCCUGUAUACUGUACCAGAGGCUUGGUAAUGAGAUGUUGAUAUCGUGUAAAUUGGGCAGCUAUUGUUUCUAGCUGCUCUUUAUAAUAUUCCCCCAGUCUAAAUUUUGUAAGACUUUUUUUGGAAGUGAUUCGGACGUUUGACAAAAAUAAAGUUUGAUUAAUUA